AAAAUCGGCUUAUGCUAUUUAAGCAGAUUUUGUCUGACGUAGGAAGCAUUCUAUCAGAUAAUUCGUUGGAGGAUAAAGAAAGAACGCCCAUGAAAAAGAGGUAUUCGCUCUUUAAUCACCUCAGGGGAGCACAAUUACCUUUUGAUAUGUCUCCGUCAGAGAUGCCCUUUGUUCCCAUGUAUUCUGGAUUUUUCCCGGCUUUGCAUCAUCGUCGAUACAAUACGUUAAGAAGGAAAUACAAACACAGUAACAGUCAACAGCAACAACGACAUAAUUUUCGUCCUGUUCUAUCUAAAAGGAAAUCUGCAAUUACUCCCCCGUCUCGUGAUUGGUGUCGCUUGAUUGGUUAUCGUGUAUGUCCUCGCGCAACAAAAUUUUGAUUUACAAAACUGCAGGAAACGUGCAAACGACCAUGCAUUGUUUCAUGUUGAUUAAAUGGAUAUAAAAAAUCUAAUCCCAAUGUUUAAAAAUAUUUGAAGAUCAACAUAUAAUUUGAUAUAAAUACGCCAAAAUAAAAGUACUGGUGCAGAUGUUUUUCAAAGUCUUCUUCAAAAUUAUAAAUUUGUUUCAGUGAGGACGCAUUCAUUUUUUUUUAUCUCAAACAGUAAUCAAUGUUCGCGUUAAAUUCUGAUGCCUAUAAGAACAAGACAGAGUUGUAUGUAAUAAGUUUCUGGUUUAAAUCGUGUAACGUUUUUCUUUUAUCUCUACUUUAUUUUAAAAAGAUAUUAAUAUUUUCUUUGACGUUUCCAUUACCAUGUAGUUUGCAUUGCCUUAAUAUUUGACAGUUUUAGGAUUUCUUUAGAAAUAUUAUUUUAACCUAUUAAAAUAAUUUCAAUACAAGAAGAUAUGAAAACAUUCAACAGCUUUGAAAAUCUCUAUUAUUUGGAAAUUGUAUAAAUGGAGAGACUUUAUGCUACAAGAUAUAGAGCAUCUGCAAC